ACGCGAAAUCAAUCUAUUUUUUGCUCGUACUUCGUACUUUGCCCCUGGCGAAACAAAUUUAAGUUUUCAAUGGUGGCUAAGCCGGGCGACAGGGCAAGAACCCCUGAAGAGGUUAUAUUUAUUUCACUAAGGACGAAGUAAAAGAGAACCUCCGCAAGGGUAGCAGAGGUAUAUAUAUCUAUUGACCAGCGCCUUCCUACCACCACCGUAUUGGCCUUCACAGAUUGUUUUCACGACAAGAAAUCUCCGAAUAUGCGUCUACAAAAUCUUAUCUGCUUCGCCGCUUUGGCGAUGCAUGCCCAUGCAGCUACAACAUUCAAAUACAUAACAGCACAAUGUCGAAUCGAUGUAUGUCUUUCCUCCUUGCCUACUACUCGCUCUGAGCAACAUUACUUGAUAUGUGUAAAACGGUAUCUGAUGUGUGCCGAUAGAAAACACCGAACGAAGAAGCCACCAAAAAAGCUUGCUUAAAUUACGUAUUCAACGGCUGUCCCAAUUGCAAAUACACACCAGACCCCGACGGAACGCCUUUCUGCAAGAGUUCUGGGACCGAUAUUGUACCUGAAUUUGUAUGUUCAAAAUAAGCCACAUGGGUUUUCUUGUUUUAGUUGUACGAUGUGGGAGCUAAUUUGUGAUGACAGUGGGACACUUCCUGCAAGACGUAUGGUGCUACAAGAGGAGUAGGUGGUUAAAGCUGGACAUACGUCACGAUGGAUAGAGUAUUUAAAAGCAAGGGAAGGCGAGAAGGGUCAUCAAUGAAGGCCGUAGAAUUAGAUAGUCCUUUUUACAUUCUUUUUUUGGAAGAUGAAAUAUGACAAGUAUAACGAG